AUGAGCUCGGGCACGUACAAGCCCCAGUUCCACGUUCACUCGACCGCCGAGUUGUCUCUUUCCUUUGCGCGCCACACCAAAUCCGAAAAUACGACGUUCAUGCUUCUCAGCUCCGAUUAUACGAAGAGUGUUCACCUGCAGAACGAUCGAUCACUCGAGUUCCACACACCUAUGGGCUGCCACUACGAUGUUCGCCUUCCAAGAUUCGGCAGAGAUCUGGCCUAUCUCAGACAGAGCACCGAGGUGCUGGUACCAGCUGUUGGUGUGAGCUCUGAUGGUUCGGGGUUCGGCGAGGUCUUCCGGUUAGAUCUCGAGCGUGGCCAGUUCCUGCGACCAUGGCAGGUUGAUGUAGGAGAGGAUGAUGCGGGUGUCGGUUUGCAGGGUGGAAUCCAUGCUGGUGCGGUCAAUGUGGCGGCGGUAGCGGAAAGGACACACGGCCUCUGUGCUUUCGGUACUACAAUUGGAACCGUUGAGUUUUUCGAUCCACGCAGCAAGGGGCGCGUGGCUGUUUUGGGGAACCAAGACGGCGAGGUCACGGCACUCGAUUACAGCAACGAUGGGCUUUCGCUGGCUUUGGGAACGAGCACGGGCCAGAUCAGAGUGUUUGACCUCAGAAACCCGCGUCCAUUAAUGAAGAAGGAUCAGGGCAUGGGUCUUCCGAUCAAGAAGCUGAUUCACAUGAGGACACCCACAGAGGAGCGCAAGCUUCUCUCGGCCGACAAGAGAAUUAUCAAAAUCUGGGAUGAACACAGCGGCGAUCUCUGGACCUCGAUUGAGCCAAUGGUUGACCUCAAUGAUGUAGUCCAUGUGCCAGAUUCCGGUAUGCUUUUGACGGCUAACGAGGGCAAGCACAUGCACAGCUUCUUUAUUCCAAAUCUCGGCCUCGCACCCAAGUGGUGCACGUUCCUCGACAACCUCGUCCACGAAAUGGAGAACGAGACCCAGACGGAGACCUACGACAACUACAAAUUCCUCACCCUGCCAGAACUCAGAGAGCUCAGCCUCGACCAUCUUAUCGGCAAAACCAACCUUCUCCGGCCAUACAUGCACGGUUACUUUGCGCAUGCGAAGCUCUACGACCAAGCCCGUCUUAUUGCCAACCCGUACAUCUGGGAAGAGGAGCGCGCAAAGAGGGUCAAGGAGAAGCUCGAGAAGGAGCGCAGCAGCAGAAUCAGAGGCACCAAGAAGGUCAAGGUCAACCAGAAACUUGCCGACAAGGUGCUCCAGAGACAGGAAAACAGAGGCAAGGUGGACCCCGAAGCUGGGAUCCUGGGUGACGAACGUUUCGCGAAGCUGUUCGAGGAUGAGGAGUUCAAGGUUGAUGAGCUCAGCAGGGAGUUCAGGUCUCUUAACCCCAGCACUGUUGUUGGUGGCAAGCCUGGUCAACAACAAGAUGUUGACAUGGCGGAUGCCAACUCGACGGACUUUAGUGGUAGCGAAUCUGAGGAGGAGGAGGAAAAGCCCAAGAAGAAGAGCAAGGACGAGGUGGUUAUGCAGGUUUCUUCGUCGACUGCUCCUCGCGGUGGGAAGAUUAGGGAUCUUGCGUUUGGGGAUAGGACGCAGAAGGAUACCAGGGAGUCGAGGUUGGCUGGGAAGAAGGAGAUUGUGGGUGAGCAGGCGAUCACGUUUGUGCCGGAGUCCAAGAAGAAGAAGCAGGAGCCGCCGCCGCCGAGGCCGGAGGGGAAGAGGAGGGAUGAUGGGAGGAGGAGUGCGAGCAGUAACGUGUUCCGGAAAAUGUAG